AUGGGCCGCGGUGUAAGUUGUGGUGGAGGCCAAAGUUCGUUAGGCUACUUGUUUGGGGGAAGCAAUACUGGAGGAGAGGCCACGGAUGGCAACGCUCAACCACCACCCCAGAACCCGACUGAUGAGGCUGCAACCAACGAACCCUCCUUGGAAACUCCUGUUGAUAAUGACCCCAACACUGGAACCAAUGAUGAGUCUUUACAAAAGCCUACUUCUGAAUCCUACAAUCUAAUAAGCCAUAAUGCAAAUGCUCCUGUUCAUGAUAGCACAACAAAUAAUUACCAUAGGGCAGAUGGACAAAAUUGUGGCAAUUUUAUCACGGAUCGGCCUUCAACCAAGGUCCAUGCUGCUCCAGGCGGAAAUUCUUCACUUGGUUACCUCUUUGGUGAUGAUAAGAAAUGAUCGCAUCACA